AUGGAGGUUUCGAAAAGAUUAUCAUCAUCGGCAGCUGUGGAGCUCUGGGUGCAGGCCAAUGAGCGCGCAGGCCGGCGGCGCCGGGGAAUUCCGCCGCCCCGCCCCCGCCCGCCGCCCGCCCGGCCCGGCCCGGCGCCCCCCGCAACCCGGGCGCCGCGCGUCAAGCCCGGCCUGCGGCCCCAGCCCCUGCGUCGCUCUCCCGACCCGCGAUCGUCCGCCAGACCGUGCCACCUGGCCGCUCGGCCUGCCCGCGUGUGUGUGUUUUGGUCUGGGCUGGCCUCCGGGCCGUCAGUCCCCACUGGUUGGGCCAUGCCGAGUCGCCGCGUCGCCAGAUCGUCCGCUGCGCCGGAGCUGGGGGCCUUGGGGGCCGCGGACCUCUCCUCGCUCUCGCUCGCCGUUUCCAGGACCACGGAGAUAAUCGACGAGUACAUCAAGGAGAAUGGCUUCGGCCUGGAGGGGGCGCAGCCGGGCCCGGGCGAGGGGCUGCCGCGCCUGGUGUCUCGCGGGGCGGCCUCCCUGAGCACCGUCACCCUGGGCGCCGCGGCGCCCCCGCCCCCGGCCACGCCGCCGCCCUGGGGCUGCCCUCUGGGCCGGCUGGUGCCCCCGGCUCCGGGCCCCGGGCCGCGGCCGCACCUGAUCAUCACCGAGCAGCCCAAGCAGCGCGGCAUGCGCUUCCGCUACGAGUGCGAGGGCCGCUCGGCCGGCAGCAUCCUCGGGGAGAGCAGCACAGAGGCCAGCAAGACGCUGCCCGCCAUCGAGCUCCGGGAUUGUGGAGGGCUGCGGGAGGUGGAGGUGACCGCGUGCCUGGUGUGGAAGGACUGGCCUCACCGCGUUCACCCUCACAGCCUCGUGGGGAAAGACUGCACGGACGGUGUCUGCAGGGUGCGGCUCCGGCCUCAUGUCAGCCCCCGGCACAGCUUUAACAACCUGGGCAUCCAGUGUGUGAGGAAGAAGGAGAUCGAGGCGGCCAUUGAGCGGAAGAUUCAGCUGGGCAUCGACCCCUACAAUGCUGGGUCCCUGAAGAACCAUCAGGAGGUGGACAUGAAUGUCGUGAGGAUUUGCUUCCAGGCCUCAUACAGGGACCAGCAAGGACAGAUGCGCCGGAUGGACCCUGUGCUCUCUGAGCCCGUCUACGACAAGAAGUCCACAAACACGUCAGAGCUGCGGAUUUGCCGAAUCAACAAGGAGAGCGGGCCGUGCACGGGCGGCGAGGAGCUCUACCUGCUGUGCGACAAGGUGCAGAAAGAGGAUAUAUCGGUGGUUUUCAGCAGAGCCUCCUGGGAAGGCCGGGCUGACUUCUCCCAGGCCGACGUGCACCGCCAGAUUGCCAUUGUGUUCAAGACACCACCCUACGAGGACCUGGAGAUUGUUGAACCUGUGACAGUGAAUGUCUUCCUGCAGCGGCUUACUGAUGGGGUCUGCAGUGAGCCUCUGCCCUUCACAUACCUGCCUCGGGACCAUGACAGCUACGGUGUGGACAAGAAGCGGAAACGGGGGCUGCCCGAUGUCCUUGGGGAGCUGAAUAGCUCUGACCCCCAUGGCAUCGAAAGCAAACGGCGGAGGAAAAAGCCGGUCUUUCUGGAUCACUUCCUGCCCGGCCACAGCUCAGGCCUGUUCCUCCCGCCAUCAGCGCUGUUGCCAGACACAGACUUCUUCCCGGGCACCGUAUCCCUCCCAGGCCUGGAGCCCCCCUGCGAGCCGGACCUCCUGGACGACGGCUUUGCCUACGACCCCGCUGCCCCCACGCUUUUCACCAUGCUGGACAUGCUGCCCCCAGCGCCACCACUCACCAGCGCUGUCGCGGGCAAUGGGGGUGCAGGGGCCGCGGUCGGGGAGCCCCCCGGCACCGAGCCGCUGACGCUGGACUCGUACCAGUCCCCGGGCCCCGGGGACGGAGGCACUGCCAGCCUCGUGGGCAGCAACAUGUUCCCCAAUCAGUACCGCGAGGCGGGCUUUGGGGGCAGCCUCCUGUCCCCGGGGCCUGAGGCCACGUAGCCCCCGCGGCGCUGGAGGAGAGGCGCUGGGUGGGGAGGGAGGUGGAAGGGGCCGUGCGAACCCAACCAGGAUAUCCAGCACCCCCCAUACCCUUGGGCGGCCCUUGGUCAGUCUUCCGACGUUCUCAUCCUUCUGAAUCGGACACCUUCAGCGCUGGCGAGAAACUCCGUAGCAUCGGUUUCCCCUGAGCCCAUUUUACAAGUGAGAAAACUGAGUCUGGAGAGGAAAAGGGGCUUGCUUGGCUCUCAAGCGCUCGCUUGUUAAAGCUGCUGCCUCAGCCCUCACAAGCGGGGGCACCUUCUCCAGGCGGAUUCUGUUGUGUACAUAUGGGAGGAGGGUGCAGAUCCCCCGCCCUCCGUCCCCAGGCUUGAAGGUGGGGGGUAGGUUGUUUGUUCUGAGUCUUCCCAAUAAAGAUGAGAUUUUGA